CUCUCUCUUUUGCUCUCAUCAUGGAUUUCCAGCCCAAUACGUCUCUUCAUCUCAGCCUGCCCAACAACAACCACCUCAAUCUAGAUCUCCUCCUCGACCCGUCACCUUCUUUGCCCUCCUCCGCCGCAGCCGAGCCGCGGAUAUUCUCCUGCAAUUACUGCCAGAGGAAGUUUUACAGCUCACAAGCGCUCGGCGGGCACCAAAAUGCUCACAAGCUGGAAAGAACGCUGGCCAAGAAAAGAAGGGAGCUGAGCUCCGCCGCCAAAGCUCAUGGAGGACAAAACCAUCAUCCUAGUACAAGUGAUCAUCAUGGCCGGCGUAUGCAGCCGCCUCUGCAUCAAGGGCAUGCCGGUAGGUUUGCUCCUGAUCAUCAUGAUCAUCAUCAUCAUCAUACAUGUUAUGGGAGGAUGAGUGAGAAUAAUAAUGUCCAAGAAGAUCAGUUAAACCACCUUGAUUUGUCUCUAAGGCUAUGAAAUAUAUAUGAAUGUGUACGUUUAUUGAUCAAAUAUUGUAAUAAUUUCAUUUUUAUAUUUCUUGCAAUUUAGAGAAA